CACAAAUACACACUUGUAAGACACUAAUUUGUUUAUACGUCUUACAUGUCUUAUACGUCGACACCAAUUUGUUUCGAGUAGACAACACAAAUCUCAUAUUAUAUUCGUAUGUGUACCAAAUUACAGGACCUACUUACACAGAGAACUAGUCGAAUAUCCUAUGCUUUCAUUUGUCUUACUUUUCAUAAUUUAGGGAAAAGGAGGGACUAGUCCUUAUAUCGCAACUCCUAACAAAAACCAAGCAGUCAAGCCUUCAAAACAAGAAAAGUAGAUCAAUGGGUGCUUGUAGCCCACCAAUUUCCCAUCUUCUUCCCAACCCUAACAAAACCCUAAUCACUGUCAACAAAAGGAAGCCCUUGUUCAUCAUCGUUUCCUCAUCUUCGAAGCCCCAAUUAACAAUACAAAGGAGACAAUUACUGUUGCUUUCUAUUCCAAUUUCAAUCACAACGAUUCAGCUGAGUUGCUGUUCGGGUUCAGCUGUUGCAGCGUCUAUUUUCGAUCCGGUUACGGAUGCCGAGAGAGCUGCGAGCUCGGAGGUAUCCCGGAGAGUGGCGGAAGCGGUGGAGCUUCUUGAGAAAGGGAGGGAAUUUCAGGCCCAGGGUGAUUAUGUCCAAGCUCUCAAAUACUUUACACAGGUUGUAAGAGAAUACAAAGACUUUGCUCUUUCAGAGUAUGCAAGAGUUGGUAGAGCCUUAGCCUUAUAUGAAGUUGGGGACAAAAACGAAGCAAUUGCAGAAAUGGAGGAUGUUUCCAUUUCUUUAAAAGGAAGUCCAGAAGUACAUGCGGCUCUAGCAGCAGCAUUAUACUCUGAUAAGCAUGCACCUGUGCUUGCUGAAAACCAGUUCACAAUAGCAACUCUUCUUGAUCCAAAAUAUACGGAUCUUGGAUAUGUAAAAGAUACAAAGCAUUGGCCUCCAAGUUUGGUUCAAUCUUUACAAGAUUUUAUUACAUUAUCUUAAGAGAAUGCCAACAAACCUCCAUUGCAUAGGCUAUCUGUAUCAACAUAUCUUCAGACCAAUGUUUUCCAAUAAAUUGAAUGCCAAUGGGCAAUCCAAGUUUGUCAUAUCCAAUCUAUCAUAAACUUUUAAAAGUCAGAUAUAUGCAAAAAAAAAAAAAAAAUAGCAAUGUACUUUUAUUUAUUUGUUUAUUAUAGCAUUCUAUUUCU